UUGUCGGCAGACGGUCGCUCUCUUAUACCGGAAACUAGUUGAAUAUAGUUGCUAAUAACAGCUAGUCGGGUGUGUGAAUGGAUGCUUAGCUGGUGGACGAUACAGCUGCUUGUUUUUCACUCUGACACACAAUGAAGAGAAUGACUUUAACCUCUGCUACACAUUAAGAAGCUCAGCUCAGAUUUUAUGAGAUAUGGAAGCUAUAUGGUUAUACCAGUUCCGAUUGAUCGUCAUUGGCGACUCAACAGUUGGCAAGUCCUGUCUGAUCAGACGUUUUACAGAGGGGCGUUUUGCACAAGUAUCUGAUCCCACUGUCGGAGUAGACUUCUUUUCCCGUCUGGUGGAGAUCGAACCAGGCAAACGCAUUAAACUGCAAAUCUGGGACACGGCUGGACAGGAGAGGUUCAGAUCUAUCACAAGGGCAUACUACCGCAAUUCAGUGGGAGGCCUACUGCUGUUCGACAUCACUAACCGCCGCUCCUUUCAGAAUGUGCAUGAGUGGCUGGAGGAGGCGCGCAGCCACGUGCAGCCGCACAGCAUUGUCUUCCUGCUGGUCGGUCACAAGUGUGACCUGGAACCUCAGCGCCAGGUGAGCCAGCAGGAAGCAGAGAAGCUAGCGGCCGCCUAUGGCAUGCGCUACGUAGAAACAUCAGCACGCGACGCCAUUAACGUCGAGAAGGCUUUCACCGAGCUAACACGUGACAUCUUUGAGCUGGUCAAGCAGGGCGACAUUACCAUUCAGGAAGGCUGGGAGGGGGUGAAGAGUGGCUUCGUGCCCAACGUGGUGCAUUCAUCUGAGGAAGUGACCAAGAGUGACCGCCGCUGCCUGUGCUGACUGAAAACGGUGUAUCAUGCUUCUUCUCCAUAGUCAUAUUGUGCUCCUUUGCUUGGCAUUACACAAGGCACCCUCUCAGUCUAAACCCUUCCAACCACAGCUGUAUAUAAAAGAUCCCAAAUUCAUUUAUGACACAUUUAUGGUUCCUCCUGUCCUGCUGAACCAGAUAAAAUCCAGAUUUCUUUCCAAACCCUGUUCAAAUAACAGUUUAUUAAUUAGACCCCACUUUGCCAGGCAUUGAACUUUAGACAUUUGGAUUUCUGCAUGGACAGAUGCCACAAAGAAGAAUGUCGGCUUAGGAAUGUUUGAAGACAGAAGACAAGUUCACACAUCGAUGUUUCCUAUAGAAAUGACUUGCGUAGAACCAAAAAGAAAGACUCAUACGUGGUAUCAGUGCUCUACUGUCUAUUUUCUUCAGUAAACACAAUUUGUUCCUCAUUCUCUUCUUAACUUUAGUUGUUGCCAAUCACUAU